UUUGGGGUUGGCCGUGGUCACGUGAGCACAAAAUGGUGGAAGCUGUGAGCCGUUUGCAGCUCGAGCAUCUCCGCCGAGGAAAAGAGAGCAGGAAAUAAGCAGAGACCAGAGGACAGAUGCUCUGAAACUCACACGGACCUGCAGAUUCACCUCAGCAACGGUCCUCCUCUGGAUGGACUUUGCUAAAAUGAAUUCUGAAGGAGCUGAAGGCCGACCAGUGCCUCCCACCUCUUUACCUCUAGAAGGAGGUCCAAGUCAGAGGAAGAAGCUCUCAGCCCCUCGUAUCAGCCUGUCUUUGGACCAGAGUGAAGAUGACCUGGGUGAGACUCCAGACGAUCUGGACAUUAAUGUGGACGACAUGGACACUCCAGAAGAAGGAGACUACCUCGACUACACGGACCAUGAGAUGGACUGGGAAGACCCUAAGAUGGACCUUCAAAGUGGAACGAGCGAUGCCUAUAACACAAUCCCCACUUACAGCUCGGAGGAAGAGCGUCAGGACGGCAAACUGUGGCGAGCUGUCAUCAUUGGAGAGCAAGAGCAUCGCAUUAAUAUGAAGAUCAUCGAGCCGUACAUGAAAGUCAUAUCACACGGAGGUUACUAUGGAAACGGAGUCAAUGCCAUCAUAGUUUUCGCUGCGUGUUUCCUGCCAGACAGUGACCUCCCAGACUAUCACGAAAUUAUGGAAAACCUGUUUUUAUAUGUCAUCAGCACGCUGGAGCUGAUGGUGGCGGAGGACUACAUGAUUGUGUAUCUGAAUGGAGCCACACCACACCGGAGAAUGCCAGGCCUGGGCUGGCUCAAGAAGUGCUAUCAGAUGAUUGACAGAAGGCUCAGGAAGAACUUGAAAUCCUUCAUUAUUCUCCACCCCUCAUGGUUUAUCAGGACUGUUCUCGCCAUCACUAAACCUUUCAUAAGUGCCAAGUUCAGCAGUAAGAUAAAGUAUGUCAACAGCCUGGAUGAGCUGCAGCAGCUAAUCCCAAUGGAACAAAUCCAGAUCCCAGAGUGCAUCAUCAGACUGGACAAGGAGCUGAAGGAAGCAGAAAAUUCCAAAGUUAAUAGUUUCCUGCUGGGACACCAGCCAGCGGCUGACAGGACACAGGCAGAGGAGGCUGCAACAAGCAACUCCCAAAGCCAAGCAUCCUAAAUAACUUUACUCCAUACACUACUAAUAGUGCCUGUUUACACAUCUCGUGUCAUUGUUCUGGCUGCUGUAGCACUGUCUGUACUUCUACUAUAUAUCUGUACGUCACAACACUGAGUAGAGUCACCUCGGUGUCAGCCACGGCAGUUGUUGUUGUUUGAUGUGUGGUUGAAAACAGUAACUGCAGUAACUGCAGACGUUGCACUGAGUCAUUUGAAUCUAGAGUAUAUCGGUUGUGCGCAUGUGAAGCUGUGGAGCAAUAAUAAGACACGUUUUUUUCAGUUCAGUUCAGGCGUGUACAGAAUUUGAAGUAAUAAUACCUUUGUGCCAGUGAUUGUGGCCAAACAAACACAGGUCUAUAAAAUUAUUGUAAUUAUUUAUUUAAUUUAUUUUUUAUAUUAAAUAUUUAAAUGAUGUUAGUAAUUUAGUCAUUUCCUGAACCCAUUAAUUAAAUAAUGCCAACAUACGAAAUGACCUCAUAAUAAAAAUAACAGGGACUGUAAAGCACAAUGUCAUCUCAGCUCCUUGUUGGCGUGUUUCCUGUAGAACUGUGCAUGUCUCUUCACUGUUUUACUGUUGUGAGGUGUGGAGGAGGUGCAAAGACAUAAAUAGAGACUGUCGAGUAAUUCAAUAAAACUGUACC